AAACAAAUUAUUAGGUUUUAUUUGCAAAUACCAGUGAAUCAAAGCAAUACAUCUGUUUCUCCAGCUCUAGUCAGGUCCACCCAAAAUCGCAAGAUUGGUGCAAAACAUCAUGAGAUAUAUAUAUAUAUUUUUGAACAUAGUAUGUUUGGGGUUCUUUCUGGCUGCCUUUUGUUUUAUUUAGGUCACACUCAGGUCGCAUUUGAAAACUUUUCUCUAGGAGAGAGGGCUAGAAAUGUACUUUCCCCCAUAUUCCCAUGACUCCGGGAGCUGGGGCUUUAAGGAAAAACAGCAGAUAUUGCAAGAGUUCGCAGCACUGGAGAAAUCCCAUUUCUGCAUGUGCCAGAUGAUCUAAUGUGGGGGUUCUUAUCCCAGAUUUUGCAACCCCUCCCUGCCCUUGUUGUUAAAGGGGAGGGGAUCCCCACUAGAUCCCAGCUAAAAGGGGCAAGGGUGUCCUUCAGAGAGGGGUCCUGCUAUGGUAAAGGUUGAGAAUCCAUCGUCCGCUGUCUUGUCCGCACUGGGAGUGUAGCCACUUGUGCCGACCCCUAUACACCACGACAGCCUGACUUGCCCCAUUGCAGCUCACCUGAUUUGAUGCACAGGACUCCUGGGUCCUAUUCUCGGCACAAGGGCUCCUGGCUAAGCUGCGUCAGCGCAAACUGCGAUAGGCCAUCGUAAACCGUGUCUGCAUGAGGGGACUGUAACAAUCCAGCUACAGCUUUGGAUCAAGCCCAGGGUGCACCAGACCUCAGGCCCCAAUGAACUCAACACAGGCUGGGGUCCCAUUUAAGUCCAUAGGGCCUGUGUGGACUGGGGCCUCUAUAUUGCCCUGUAAAUGGAUCGAACCGUGGAGUCCUGACUCUCAUACCUCACCACUAGACUCUCUAGCUGGGGAGAGAACCCUGGAGUCCUGACUUCUGGCCCCCGCACCCCUUCCUCCCCCCCCCCCUCCCGGCGCGCGCACGCUCUAAACACUAGACCCCACUCUCCUUCCAAAGCUGGAAAUAAAACACAGGAGUCCUGAUUUCCAUUCUCCCUGCUUUAACACCACUAGGAGACACACAAUCCCAGGAAAUGAAUUUGCUGUCUAGGCACAGAAAGUGAAACUGCCCGGGCUGGUGUCCCAAGCAGAAGGUAACAUCCCUUUAAAUGAACUCCAAGUUGCCUGCAGGAUUGUUUGUGGGGGCCCUACCAGGGGCCUAGGAACUGAGCCGUGGGGGGCUAAGCUAUGAUUGGUGGAAAGUCCUCUGUUCCCACAUGCACUGAGCAGGAUCGGGCUCCCAUACACUGUACAGUCAGCUCGCCCCAGCUGUCCGUCCAGAACAGCAGUUCCUAUAGGGUGACCAGAUGUCCCGUUUUUAUAGGGACAGUCCCGUUUUGGGGGAUUUUUUCUUAUAUAGGCGCCUAUUAGCCCCCAUCCCCUGUCACGUUUUUUCACAGUUGCCAUCUGGUCACCCUAAUUUCAUACCAGCCCCCUGCUGACCUGCAGAUGGGGAAGGGAGGGGUACGCACACCUCCUGGUGGAGAGAAUGGCACAGCUCAGCCCUCGAGUCAGUGCCUCUUUCAAUGUGUUUCGAGGCCGUACAGCCUCGUGGCUAGAGCAUCCGAAGGGCACUCAGGAGGCCUGAGUUGGAUUUCUGACUCUGCCACUGGUCCGCUGGACGACCAUGGGCACUUCGCCCUGUGCCUCAGUUUCCCCGCCUGUCAGACAGGGAUGAUGAUACUGACCUGACAUUCUUUGAGAGCUACGGAAGGGAAAGAGCUUGGUGGUGUUAUUCACUGGUACGACAAGCGACAGAAUCCCCGGCGCCCCUUCCAACCCCACCUGGGGGCGGAUUCACCGUGCAGCCCCAGAGGAGACCCACUAAUUUUCACCUUGAUGUAGUGGGGCGCAGUCAGCAUCGGAUGAGGGUGGGGUAUAGGGCUGACCCUGCAGCUACAUGGAGGUAACAAUUACCUGCUGCCUUCUCUCCAUGAGGAUUUGACAGUGAGAGAGCCUGGCACAGCUCCAUGAGGGGUCACUGGGGUCAGCAUUGCUCAGAGGGGAGAGCUGCUCCCUACAGAGCCCCCCACUCCAUUCCCUGCAGCACAGCGACCCCUGGUGCCACCCUGGGGCACUGCCGUCAGCACUCAUUGAGAGGGGAGAGCACCUCCUACUGAGCCCCACACACGGUUUCCUGCAGCACAGCGCCCCCUAGUGCUGGGACACGGGAGUCAGCACUAGGGGGGAAAGAAGCCCCUACUGACCCACCCCCACCCUGCAGCACAGCGCCCCCUGGCGCCAACCUGGGGCAUUGCGGUCUGCACUGACUGCCACAGCCCCCGCUUGAGACCCCAUCCCUCUCCAUGUGGCACAGCGCCCCCUAGUGCUUCACUGGAGCACAGGGCUCAGCACCAACGGCCAGAGGAGACCACCCUCCACGGAGUUCCCCACCACACUGCCAGGAGCACAGCGCUCCCUAGGGCCAGCACGGACGAGAGUGGCGUGUGCCCCCCGCUGAGCCCCCCUACCCUGCUCCCUGCAACGCCCCGACAUCUGCCAUCCAAGCUCUGAGCCGGCCCCAGCCUGCUCAGCACAUGCGAUCUGCGGCCGGGGCUCCGAAGAGCAGGGCGACGUGUCGGAGAAGCCCCCUACAAUGAGGGCAAAACCGGACCUCCCUGCCUCCCCAUCAGGCGGCACAAUGCACCCUCCCCCCAGCCUGCCGGGCCCCCAUUGGGUGUCACGGAGCUCAGACUUCCUCUAACGAAAAGCCACACAGGAAGCUCUGAAGCAAGAAGGGAGCAAUUUUUUCAUAUUUUUGUAGAUGCACCGUAAAAAAAGAAAAAGAGAGAGAGGUUUUUUUUGUUUUUUUUUUUAAUACCCAACCCAGCCUUGAAAUCUACCCUCCAGAGGUGCCGCGGGCACCACCCCCAUUGGAGGCAGCCAGCCUGGGAUGAGACCGUGACGGGGGAUGAGCAGUGAGAACCAUGGGCUCGCGGAUAAAGGAAAAUCCCCAGAAGACAUUUGAUUUGUUCUUUGAGGCAGCCUGCCCCACAUCUGCAGAUGACGACCCCCAGGUGCUGAGGCAGUUCCCGGAGGAGUUCGAUGACCAGGAAUCCAUCCAGAUGCUGCCCAAAUUCUGCUUCCCCUUCGACAUAGAGAGGGUAAAGGAGAACUCCGUGGUGCAGAACUUCACCUUCGUCCUGACCGAUCUGGAGGGGAACCAGCGCUUUGGGUUCUGCCGCCUGGCCGGGGGCUUCCGGACCUGCCUCUGCAUCCUCAGUUACCUGCCCUGGUUUGAAGUUUUCUACAAGAUCCUCAACAACAUUGCUGACCACUUAGCCAAGGAGCAGCUCAAUGAACUGGCCGAGUUCCUCUCUGCCCUCUAUUGCCACCCGGUGCCCCAGCUGAACAGCCCCGUCAACCUAGAAUUUGACCAGAAGUUGAACAAACUGAGAAUAAGCACCGGCAACUUUCUGAAUGGCCGACACAGAGACCGGAGCCAGGAUCCGGCGGGCGGGACCGAGUCGCCCUCCUACUUCAUUGCCCCGGACCUCGGCAGCCUGCCCACCAUCCCGGAGAACAGGAACUUGACGGAGUUCGUGGUGGCCGUGGACGUGCCCAACAUGCUGCAGCUGUACGGGAGCAUGCUGUACGAGCGGCGCAUCCUGCUCACCUCCAGCAAGCUCAGCACGCUCACGGCCUGCGUCCAGGCCUCCUCCGCCAUGCUCUACCCCAUGUACUGGCAACACAUCUACAUCCCCACGCUGCCCCCGCACCUGCUCGACUACUGCUGUGCCCCUAUGCCCUACCUCAUCGGUGUCCAUUCCAGCCUCAUGGAGAGGGUGCGGGACAAGGCCCUGGAGGACGUGGUGAUCCUCAACAUCGACACCAACACGCUGGAGUCGCCCUUCCAGGACCUGGAGAACCUCCCGAGCGACGUGGUGUCUCUGCUGAAGCUCCAGCUGAAGAAGCAGUCGGCCACCACUGGGGACGGGGUGGCCCGAGCCUUCCUCCGAGCCCAGGCGCUGCUCUUCGGCGGCUACCGUGACGCGCUGCUUUGCACCCCGGGCCAGCCCAUCUCUUUCUGCCAAGAGUCCUUCCUCAACCACAAGUCUAGCACCAUGCGGGAGUUCCUGCAGAACGCAGUGCACCUGCAGCUGUUCAAACAGUUCAUUGACGAGCGCCUGGAGAAGCUGAACACCGGCGUGGGCUUUUCGGAUGUGUUUGAGCAGGAAAUCACCAACAGUGGGAUGGCGGCGGGUAACCUGAGGUCGUACCAGCUGUGGGUGGAGAGCCUCAAGGGUGCAACACUGCCUCAAGAAUCGGAGACCAAGAUGGAGCAAACUGUCCAGUGCUGUCCCAGCUCCCGCUCCCCGGGCCUCAGCACGGCCCCCAGAUUAACUGCCAUACGCAGCGUGUGUCUUCCCAUGGCUGACCGUUCGCUCGCCUGCUGAGGAAAAAAAACAAACUUGGAGACCACAUGUCACAGUACCGGCCUCCAGCUGAUUUGAGUUAGAAGGACCAUGGCAGAGAGCAACCCCCCACUGCUUGCAACAGCUCCCACCGGAGAAAAUGCCAUUGCAAAACUGGCAACAAUGCGCCCAAGAACGCUGCUAAGAGAAAGAUUGUCUGCAACAGCGCCACCUGGUGAUUCCUGCUGCAACUGUAUUCACCCACAGGCUCCCUCUAAUGGCAGGAAGGUCAGGCUACUUGUGUCAGGGGGAAAGACAAAGCUAAGAACUGCAGGAGACACCAGGCACCUAUAGGGGUCGCUCCAAAGCAACAUCUC